GCUCCAUGUUCGAUUGCUUCUGCUUGAGCUUUGACACUUGUUAUCUUGAGGAUGUUUUGAUCAGUGUAACCGAAAAUGGCAAUGUGUAGUUCCCCGCUAUGAACCUGGAUAGUUCGUUGAAUCCGAUUUUAACAGAAGGCUCAAUGACUGUUGUCUCACCGGGUGAUGUCACUCCAAUCUCCCUUACAGGUUACGAUCUAGACCCGAUUUCAAGUUUGCAGCCGGGGGAUUCUGGGAAUCAUCCUGACAUUGUCACUGCCGGCGGGCUUAGUAGCGAAGAUGCGGAGGAGAGCAGUUCUGCACCUGCUGCCUUCAUAAAUGGUGUACCUGUCACUGUGUCUGUUCAAAAUGUUGAUGGACAACAGAGAAUAGUGUGUGUCGCGACAGAUGCUAGUGGGGGCUCUGUGUCAUAUGUGGGCCAACUCACCACGGAGGCCAGUCUCGAAUUUCAGACAGAGGUCCCCCCGCAGCCCUUGCUGGCAGACGAUGAGUUGUCCCCACUGCCCCCAGGGGCCGAGCUGCUCUCCGUCCACCCCCAGCCCACACCCCUACAGCACCUGGAGCCCCUGGAACCCCUUCACCCCUGUCUUCUCCCGGAGGCGGAGUCAGAACCCCGGGACCAGGACACAGAAGAGCCUAAGAAACGGAAAGGCGGCUGGCCAAAGGGAAAGAAGAGGAAACCUCAGAGGGAGUUCUCGGCACCGCGCGCGCCAACCACAGGGUACGUGAUCUUUGUGAACGAGAGGAAGGUCCAGCUGAAGUCGGAGAACCCAGACCUCCCCUUCACUGAGAUCACCAAGAUGCUGGGCGUCCAGUGGUCUCAGCUCUCCCUGGAGGAGAAGCAGAAGUACAACAACGAGGCAGAGAAGGACAAGCAGCGCUACAUCAGGGAGCUGAUCGCCUACCAGAACACUGAGGCCUACAGAGGCUUCCUGAGGAGGAAGGCCCUGAACAGAGUCAAGGAUCUCUGCGGCACCCAGGGUGUGCUGUGUGAUGAAGCUGAGCUUGAAAAUGAAGUCUUCACGCUGUCACAAAUGGAUGGGGAGGAGAACAGCGAUUUGUACUGCCGUACCUGUAACCAGUACUUCAGCUCUCUACACAACAAGAAGGAGCACCUGCUGGGCAAACAACAUCUGCUGACACUCACAGAGGAAUUUGAGAAGGAGAGUGGCAGCCAGCGAAAAGUGGCAGAGCCUGAGGAAGAUCCAGAUGAAGAUGAGGAAGAGGAAGACGACGAGGACAGGGAGCUAGCGCGACUGUGUGGUCUUACCGCUCUGGACCUGAACAGCCUGGAAGAGCUGCUACUUCGACAGGUCAACCUGAGAGAGUUCGAGCUCCAGGAGCUGAAAGACAACCUGGACCAGGAGAGGGAAAGGCAGGAGCGGCUGAACUCGGAGCUGCAGGAGCUGCAGAAGAGGAAGAUGAGUCUGGAGGCGGAGCUGCAGGGCCUGAGGGAGAGUUGGCCAACUCUGGAGUCUCAGCUGCACUGUCUGAAUAUGGUUCCUCUUCUCUUCCAGUUCCACAUCCAGAUCAUAGACACCGGCAGCUCUGUCAUACAGAAGCAGAAUCUGGCUAAAUCUGUCCAUUCUCUGAUGAAGUGAGAGAACUGCAGGUGAUGUGAAGAUGGCGGAAGAGCGCACAGGGUGACGAACGCUGUGAAAACACCGGCGCGGGUCUUCCCACGUCACACGCUGCACUGACAAACUGGACGGGUGACGGGACGCACUUUACGCAGAGGGCCCUGGAAACGGCCCAACGGCGGCUUCCUUCAUUCAUUCAUUCAUUCAUUCAUUCCUUCCUUCUGUUCGUUUGUUCAUGUUUGUUCGCUGGGUCUUAUUACAGUGGAUCGGUUCUUCUCCUUGGAUCAGUUCUCAGAUCUUACAGUUAAGGCUUGAUUCUUUGUUCAUUCAGGUUUAAUUUUUAAUGUGAAGAUAAGUCUUAUGCUGUAAAUACAUGCCUUAAAUGGUAAAGUACUGUACUACUCUGCAUGAACAAAAGGUAAUGAAACAAACACUUUUAAAAAAUUGACUAUCCAGUCUGCUGUAACGUUGCAGCGAUGUUGUUUUUGCACUUACCUUGACACUAGAGGUCUACUGCAUGCUUAUGCACUAAAACCCACGUCACUAAAUCAUUGAUGUGAUGAUGGAUAUUUUUGGAGUUUUAAUGGUAGUUUUGGUAGAUUUCUGUGCUGUAAAAUAUAAUGUUCAAUUUUAAAUGUAGAGGAAACUGCACAAAGUUAUUUUGAGAAUUCCACCUCAGAUGUAGCUUGAGAAAAUCUAAAUACAAAAUGUUAGUAAUGUUU